AUGAUCGCUCAAUACGUGGGCCGGAGCCAGAAGACGUGGGAUGAGCACAUCACCGCCCUCCAAUAUGCCUUCAAUACGGCCUGGAGCGAGGCCACGGGACACACUCCUGCCUACCUCAACCAUGGCAGGGAGCUCGCUCGACCUCAUCCGGAGGACCGACGACACCUAGCAAACCCAACGACCCCCGAGACGCACCGACGGUUGCAAGAGGCCUACGACCUCGUAAGGGUGAACUUGGCACGAGCCUUCCAACGUCAAGAACGACAUUACAACCUGCGUCGUCGGGAAUGGAAGCCAAAGGUCGGGGAUUUGGUAUGGAAGAGAAACCACGUCCUGUCCGACAAGGCUAAGGCAUUCAACGCCAAGUUGGCCCCAAAAUUCGUGGGGCCCUUGGAAGUCCGGAGGAUCAUCUCGCCGGUCAUCGUCGACCUACGGGACACCCGCGGACGCUGGCACCGCCAGGUCCACGUACAGGACCUGAAGACGCACCCGGCCCCGAUGCGCCAGGGAAACACCGACUGGUCGGGGGAAUCACGGUUACCGACCGAGAAUGUCCGCACAGGCGAAACACACGGACAACGGCCGAGGGCACCACCGACUUAUCCGAGUGCCGAGGCAAGCACGCGAAAACAACGUACGCCGCGUCCCGAGGUAAGCACACGCAAACCACGUGCGCCGCAUUCCGAGGCAAGCACGCGCAAACAAGGUGCGUCGCAAGCACGCGAAAACAACGUGCGCCGCGUCCCGAG